AUGCCUCGUCGCUCGGUGAGCGCUUCAUGCCGCGUGCAGGACCCUGUGGCUUUUGAAGAUGUGGCCAUGUAUUUCACAGAAGGCGAGUGGGCCCUGCUGGAUCCAGAGCAAAGAGCCCUCUAUGAGGAGGUCAUGCAGGAAAAUUACAGCAUUGUGGCCUUCCUGGCCACAAAUGCAGGAUACUCAGUUCUAAAACCAGACCUGAUCUGCUGCCUCGAAGGAGGGAAGGUGCUUUGGCUUCCUGAUCCACCAGAGAUCACAGAGAGGCAGGUUCCUUCAGACUACGUCCCAGGUAGUGGCUACCCAAAUGAGAACAAAGAGGAGCCUCACCCAUCAAAUAAAGCCAAGAAAACGCUAUUGCACAGAGCCCAGAAGAACCUUUCCAGGUAUCAAGAGAGAAGAGGAAAUUCUGGGAUACUCCAAGAACCACAGAGACCCCAAGGAAAGCACCCUGGAAAGAAAAAGGCUAAAACCUCUCCUCACAGGGAGACCAGUGCUGAGCAGGUAAAAGAGAAGAAGUCACUGCAAGCAGAAAGUGCACCACCAGUGACCCCAAAAGGGACAGCACUGCAAUGGAUCAAAGAGGGAACCUCCCAGGAUCAAAAGGAAGGGAGACGAGGUGUGACUCAGGGAGGGCCCGGGAGGUACCAACAGAAGCUUCCUCAGAAGAAAACCAGUCCUUUUGUGGACAGCCACAAGGACCUCCACAAAGUUAGAGUGCAAGAGAGGAGUCACAUGGAUGGGACAGUCAAGCCUCUCAAAGAUCAGGCCAGAAACUCCACCCUUAACACAAUCAAGACAACCGAUGCAAGAGCAAAACCAUUCCAGUGCUCAGAGUGUGGGAAAAGCUUCAAGUUCUGGGGUCCCUUUAUUAUACACAUGCGAAUUCACACAGGAGUGAAACCGUAUUCAUGCUCAGUCUGUGGGAAAAGUUUCAGCUCCACAUCAAACCUUUUCAGCCAUGAGAGGUUGCACACGGAAGAAAGACCCCAUCAAUGUUCUGAUUGUGGGAAAAGUUUCAGAGCUGCUUCAGAUCUCAGACGUCACAAAAAGAUCCAUACUGGAGAGAAACCAUAUCCAUGUCCAGAGUGUGGGAAAAGCUUCAGUAGCAACGGGCAUCUUGUUAGACACAAGAAGAUCCACACACAAGUGAAACCGUUCAAAUGCUCAGAGUGUGGAAAGUGCUUCGGAGAGAAAGAGCAGCUUGCUGUUCAUGAGAGAAUCCACACGGGAGACAAACCAUAUAAAUGCUCAGACUGCGAGAGAAGCUUCAGUUGCCUUGCAAACUUCAAGAGGCACAAGAAAAUCCAUGGAGGAGAGAAACCGCAUAAGUGUUCAGACUGUGGGAAAAGCUUCAGAAACAGUGCAGACCUCAGAGUGCACAAGAGGAUUCACACUGGUGAGAGACCUUAUCAGUGCACAGAGUGUGGGAAAGACUUUCAGAACGCCUCAAACUUUAUACGCCAUAAGAGAACUCACCGAGGAGACGCACCGUAUGAGUGCCAAGAAUGUGGGAAGCGUUUCCGUCAUAGAUCUACCCAUAUUCACCAUGAGCAGAGAAUGCAUCAGUAUCGGUGCUCCGAUUGUGGGGAAAGUUUCAGCCAGACUUCAGCCCUUCAGCGCCAUGAAAUUAAACACACAGGAGAGAACCCGUUCAAAUGUCUAGAAUGUGGGAAAGGAUUUAAAACAAAACGUAUACUUACUCAGCAUGAGAAAAUCCACAAAGAGAAGCUGUACAGCUGUCAAGAAUGUGGGAAAGGAUUUAUAAGAAAACAGAAACUUAUUCGACAUGAGAAAAUUCACACAGGAGAGAAACCAUACUCCUGCUCAGAGUGUGAGAAGAGCUUCAGAGAAAAACCAAACCUCAUUCUGCAUAUGAGAGUCCACACAGGAGAGAAGCCCUUCAAGUGCUCCCUCUGUGGGAAGAGCUUCAGGCAGAAAUCGCACCUCUCUGAGCAUGAGAAAUUCCACCCCGGAAAGGAAUUGAAUGAGUGUUUGGAAUGUGGAAAAAGCUUCAACAAUCCUUUACGCUUGCUGAGACAUCAGAAGCUGCACACAGGUGACACUCCAUAUAAAUGCCUGGAGUGUGGGAAAAGCUUUUCCUCAAAGGCCUCUCAACAGCGUCAUCAAGGAGUCCACACAGGAGAGAAGCCAUUCCAGUGUCUGGAUUGUGGGAAACGUUUCCGUUGCAGGACAUCCCUGCAGGUACAUGAAAGCACGCACACUGGAGAGAAACCAUUUAAAUGCAUGGAGUGUGGCAAAAGCUUUAUUAAUAGUUCAGGCCUCAUAAGUCACCAUAAAAUCCACACAGGAGAGAAAUCAUCCAGAUGCUGAGAUGAGGGGGAAGGUUCCAGAAAGAGGACUGACCUUCUCCACUGUGAGAGAUUCCACACACAGAAAAAUUGUUUUCAGUGUCUACCCUGUGGGAAGAAGUUUGCAAAGAAAGGCAAUCUGGCUGCACUUGAGAAAAUCUAGAGGAUAAGGAAAGAUUUUUUUAAAAGCUGAAAGAUAAUUUUUGCUGUGUGGUCAUAGAUAAUUUUGGGUUGAGGAGUUUGCUGCAGGUUAAGCUUUUCCAAAACUCAGUUUUUUUCCAUAAUUGGCCUGAUGUUCUCUUCUUAAUUCCUUAUGGCCCUCUCUGACCUGCUUUGCUCACCAACCGUGUAGCUCUUUUUGCCCAUCACAGCAUUAUUUUAUAGGGUCUCUGCUGCUCUGCACACUUCAUGGGCUAAUCCCAAAAGGAAGGAAUUGUUGAAGACUACAGAUACCUCUAUUGGAAACUGUGGAAGCAAUUGAUUUGUAAUGAAAUUGGUAUUGUGAAUUGUAAUUUCUUUGGAGGGAGGGUAUGAUGACAUUGUAUACACUGGUUUAAAUUAUAUGAGGACUGAAGCAUU